AAAAUGAAAACUCUAGCUCUAUUCUUGGUUCUCGUUUGCGUACUCGGCUUGGUCCAGGCCUGGGAAUGGCCGUGGAAUAGGAAGCCUACAAAGUUUCCAAUUCCAAGCCCCAAUCCUCGUGAUAAGUGGUGCCGUCUUAAUUUGGGGCCCGCCUGGGGUGGAAGAUGUUAAGAUAUGAAUAUUUGAGCUUAAUAUAAAAUAAACCCACCCACCAAAAUGUCUU